UGACAUCUUCUGUUUUUCCUUCCAUAUAUUUUCCACUUUCUAUUUUCCCAAAAUUCUCCUUUUUUUUCCUCAUUUGCCCCAAUUUUGAUUUGCUUUUCCCGUGCUUCUCCCAAGCUCAUUUUAUGCAAAUUUGUUGUUUUUUAAAUCACCGCCCGUUUGCUUUCUGGGAAAUCGUGGGAAAAGAACUGGAAAGGAAAAAUCUUGGACUGAAUUUCCUGUUUUAAUGCUUGCAGCAUUUUUUUUUUUUUUUUUUUUUUUGAGAUUAGAUUCCUUUCAGUUUUGUGAUAUAUAUUUUUUUUUCCAAUAAGGUUUAGGGUUGGAUACAAUCUUCUCUAGAGUCCAUAUUGCCAUGGUUUCCUUAUUUAGAUUGCAUUAUUUUGCACUUCAUUUCUUUUGCAAGUUUUGUUGGGUUCCAUGCCCAUAUGAUUCCUCUGAACAUUGAUUCACAUAUCUGGGAUUUUUCUAUGUGCUUCUAUGAAUAUGUAUAUUCACGGUUUACUACACAGCGGUUCCAAGGAACAUUGAAUCACAUUUCUGGGUUUUUCUGUAUCCUUCUAUGAAUAUAUACAUUCAUGGGCUCUGGUUUAAUCUUAGAGUGUGAAUUAGUUUCUUUUUAUUUAUAUUCAUUCUCAGAUCUUAUAUGGAAACGUAUGUUCAGCUUUAGAUGACAUAUUGUUGGGCCAAUUUGAUUUUAGGUUUACCUCAUUUUGAAAAUGGAAUGGUUGGUGUUAAUUUUUUUUCCAUUUUUGUGAGAAUUUUCACCGGGGAGAAGCCUCUUUUUGUUAUCUGUUUGGUUGACAUCUGAUAGAAAGAAAAGUGAAAGGAAUUUGAAGUCAUACAUUUCUGGUGUUUGACUUCUAUGAACUGCCCACAAGAAAAGAAAGGGCUUCAACGAAAACUCAGUCAAGUAAUUUGGGAGCAGGUGAAGUCCAAUUUCUUUAUGCCAAGGUCUGGAUCGUGAAGCAGUCAUGGCAGAGGGCACAGAAGUUGAGGAUAGGGUGGAUCUUGAUGAUGAUAAUUACAUGGAAGAAAUGGAUGAUGAUGUUGAAGAACAAAUAGAAGAUGGAGUAGAGGGAGGCGGUGAUGAAAAUGUUGAAGAAGAAUAUGAGGAUUCAAAAGCUGGGGGCAGUGGCGAAGAUCAAUUGCUGGAAGUGGACGAAAGCCACAUUGCUAAUGAACCUCUGAAAGAUGAAGAAAAUCCUACUGCUUCUGUUGAUGAAGAUGAAAAAGAGAAGCAUGCUCAACUUCUUGCCCUUCCUCCUCAUGGUUCUGAAAUUUUCAUUGGUGGGCUUCCUCGAGAAGCCUUGGAAGUAGAUCUGAGGGAUCUGUGUGAACCGAUUGGCGAAGCUUUGGAGGUAAGGCUGAUGAAAAAUAGGGAUUCAGGUGAAAGCAAGGGUUAUGCUUUUAUAUCCUUCAAAACAAAGGAGAUUGCACAGAAGGCCAUUGAAGAGUUACAUAGUAAAGAAUUCAAGGGGAGAACAAUAAGAUGUUCUCUAUCUGAAUCUAAACACAGAUUGUUCAUUGGCAAUGUCCCAAAGAGCUGGACAGAUGAUGAAUUCAGAAAAGUCAUUGAGGAUAUUGGUCCUGGUGCUGAGAACAUUGAACUUAUAAAGGAUCCUCAAAAUCCAAGCCGUAAUCGUGGUUUUGCUUUUGUUGAGUAUUACAACAAUGCUUGUGCAGAUUAUGGGAGGCAGAAAAUGUCUAGUUCAAAUUUCAAGCUAGAUGGCAAUACCCCGACAGUUAGCUGGGCUGAUCCAAAGAGUACAUCUGAUCAUUCUGCUGCCGCACAGGUAAAGGCUCUUUAUGUGAAAAACAUUCCUGAAAAUACUACUACUGAACAACUGAAGGAACUGUUCCAACGCCAUGGGGAAGUCACAAAAGUUGUUAUGCCACCUGCCAAAUCUGGUCAAAGCAAACGGGAUUUUGGAUUCAUCCAUUUUGCUGAAAGGUCGAGUGCAUUGAAGGCUGUCAAGGAUACAGAGAAACAUGAAAUUGAUGGCCAGGCGUUGGACGUUUCCCUUGCUAAGCCUCAGAGUGAUAAAAAGUUUGAGGGCGUCCAUCCUUACAGUUCUGGGCAUCCAAAUUUUCUUCCACACCCAGGGUAUGGUGGUUUUGGUGGAAAUCCAUAUGGCUCUCUAGGGCCUGGAUAUGGCGUUUCGGCUCCAUUUCAGCAGCCAGUGAUAUAUGGUAGGGGGCCAAUGCCAGCAGGAAUGCAUAUGGUGCCAAUGGUGCUACCAGAUGGUCGAAUUGGCUAUGUUCUACAGCAGCCUGGAGUACAGAUGCCACCUCCAAGGCCUCGAAGAAACGAACGCAGUAAUGGGUCAAGCGGACAGCAAGGACAAGGAGGAAGUAGUGGAAGUGGCGAUGACAACCGCAGUAGAAGGUACCGGCCCUAUUAGCAGCAGGAGCAGCAGAAUGAAGACAUGUUGUAGUGUUUUUUCUUGUUUUUGCUUUUUUUCAUUUUGGACAGGAGAAUACAUAGAUAUAGUUUGUAGUUGGUUGACUAGUUAUGCCUAACAAAUAACAAACCCUACCUGGCCAGCCUUCCUUCCUUCCCAAGAAAAAGAAAGAGUUAGAACCAUUAAAUCAAGGAGUCGUUUACAGUACGAAUAAUGUUUCUAAUAUAUUCACUUAUGUUGCAUUAAUGUUUUUUCACAUUUGUCCCCA